CAACAUUUAGCUGGCCCAGUAGAAACCCUACCCUAAUUUCCCUUCUUACAGCCGCCGCGCCUCCACUUCACUGUUCACUCCACUCGCCGCCGCGUCCCGACUCCACUCAAUUCCGGCCAUGGGCGCCAUCGUCGAGAAUUUCAUGGACUGGCUCCCCACCGGUGGAAAUGCCGUGGCAAUCGCCGCCUCCCUCUCCGCCGCCGUUGACUACGAGGGCGAGGACCGCAUCAGCGCCCUCCCCGACGACCUCCUCCGCAACAUCGUCUCUCGCCUCCCCGUCAAGGACGCCGCCCGAACCGCCGCCAUCGCCUCUCAGUGGCGCCACCUCUGGCGCUCCACCCCGCUCGUCCUCAGCGACGUCGGCCUACUUCCCUCUGUGGUCGCCCGCGUCCUCGCAGACCACCCGGGCCCCUUCCAGGCCAUCCACAUCGCCCGUUGUAGGUUCGCGUCCCACGAGCGUGAGCUCGCAGAGUGGCCGCGCCUCCUCGCCGCCAAGGGCAUCCAGGACCUCGUCCUCGUCAACGACGUCAUCGGCACCCAGUUCAUCACCGACACCGUGCUCCUCCCAGCGGACAUUUUCCGCUGCGCCUCACUCCAGCGCCUCUUCCUGGGCUUCUUCAGGUUUCCGGACACCGCUGGUCUCUCGCGCGGACCCGACAUCCUGCCCCAUCUUCGGGAGCUCAGCAUGUUCACGACAGUCAUCAACAACUGGGACCUCGACUACAUGCUCGCUUGCUGCCCGGUCCUGGAGAAGCUCGCGUUCGUACUCAGCAAUUCGCCCGAUCUCAUCCACCUCCGCAGCAAAAGCCUCCAGUGUGUGCUCCUCUGGUUUUUCACGGCGGAGGAGGUCGCCGUGGUGGACGCCCCGCUCCUGAAGCGGCUCUUCUUGGUGGAUCUCGCGGGCUCUCCUCAGCAGCCCCGUGACGACAGUACUACGAUGAUCAAGAUUGCUUGUGCGCCCAGCCUGCGGGCGCUAGGCUUCUUGGAGACAAGAACUCACCGGCUGCAUAUCGGCGACAAUGCCAUCAAGCCUGGCAUACUGCCGACCCCAAGCACAAUGCUUCCGGGCGUUAAGAAAUUGGCCGUUAAGGUUAAUUUUGGUGUCUCAAAGGAGGCCAAGAUGCUGGUGGCCUUCCUCAGAUGCUUUCCCAACGUUGACACGCUGCACAUUGAGUCUUUAACUGAACCCACCGGAAGAAAACAUGCCAAGUUCUGGCGGGAGCUCUCCACUGUUGAAUGCAUCGAGUCCCACGUCAAGAAGAUGGUUAUCCAUGAAUAUAGAGGGGAUCAAAGUGAACUUCGAUUCCUUAAGUUCAUUUCCAGGAGAGCGGAAGUGCUACAAACUUUGUAUGUUCUGCUAAACAGAGAGAGUCUUACUUCGGUGGCCAAGGUGAGAAAGAUGACACGCAGAUUGGUGGCUCUCUCGCGUCUAGCAUGGAGCGAUGACUGUCAGAUAAUGGUGCUAGGCCCUGAACUUCAGAAUGAUUGGAGCUUCCAGAAAGCAUCCGAUCUUACUGUCGACGACCCGUUUCACUGGUGAACUGGAGAUUGGCAUAUAUUGCAUGAUCCAAAGCUUUUUGGGGGGAAUUGCUUACUGUUCUACAUGCAAGGGCACUGUUUAGUUUGUAGGCAAGUAUGUCUGUUCUUGUUUUGACUCUGAAGUAUGUCUGUUCUUGACAAAGAACAUGAAGAUUUCAGUAUCUGAAAGUGCUGAAGCUAGGUGUACAACGCUUCAUUCA